CCUCGGUAGAGUCUCGCGCGCUUUAUGCUAAUCAGCUCUGCGCGCGAGCCGUUGGAGGAGGCUGAGCGCGCGCCGGCAGCAGUUUCCAGCUGCGCUCGUGAACCGACCGUCAGUGUGAGCUCCGGUCGGUCCGUCGGUUCCUGCCCGCCCUGCUCGGAUCAGAUCUCCCGGUUCUCCUCCGGACCCAGACUGUCCUCAGCUCCGGAUCCCGGUCCUCAGUCCCGGUUCCCGGUCUUCAGUCCCUGCUGCUGCUGCUCCGGUACCGGUUCAGACCUGCUUCUCCGGACUCUUUCUUCUCUUUUGAAGUUUUGUCUCCGGGUCCGUUGCUCGGGUCCCGGUCCCGUUUUAGACAUGGGUUGGACUGUGGUGGUCCCGGUUCUGCUGUCAAUCAGCUGGGUUGGACUCACGGUGGGAGUCCCGGACGGACCGGACGUUCAAGUGAUUGACGUGUUGAGUCUGCAGGACUCGAAGCAGAGCGUGGCGGCGGUGGAGAAACUGACGGGUGGUCUGAGCGCGCUCAGUGACGUCUACGCAGUGUCGACGUUGCGGCUGCCGCCGAAGUUGGGCGGAGUCUUGCUGGGUCUCUACAGCAAACAGGACAACAGGAAGUACCUGGAGCUCGCCGUCAUGGGGAAGAUCAAUAAAGUGUUGGUCCGUUACGUCCGAGCCGACGGGAAGAUCCACACGGUCAACCUGCAGAACGCCAACCUGGCCGACGGCCGCACCCACUCCAUCAUCCUGAGGCUGGGCGGUCUCCAGCGCGAGCACAUGAACAUGGAGCUCUACGUGGACUGCCGGCUGGCCGACUCCAGCCAGGGCCUGCCGCCGCUGGUCCCGCUGCCCAGAGAGGCCGACAUGGUGGAGAUCAGACACGGACAGAAGGCCUACGCCCGACUGCAGGGUGCAGUGGAGUCCCUCAGACUGGCUCUAGGGGGCAGCGUUGCUAAAGCUGGAGCUCUGACGGACUGUCCGUUCCAGGGAGACUCGUCAGCCUACAACUCAGUGAGCGGGGAUGUCAACUCCAUCCUGGGUGAUCACACCAAAGCUCUGAUUGGUCAACUCAUCAUCUUCAACCAGAUCCUGGGAGAACUACGACAGGACAUCAGAGAGCAGGUGAAGGAGAUGUCUCUGAUCAGGAACACCAUCCUGGAGUGUCAGGUCUGUGGUUUCCAUGAGCCUCGCUCUCGCUGCUCCCCCAACCCCUGCUACAGGGGCGUGUCCUGUAUGGAGAGUCUGCACUACCCCGGAUACACCUGUGGACCCUGUCCACCUGGAACCACCGGCAACGGGACACACUGCCGGGACAUCAACGAGUGUGAGCUGCAGCCAUGUUUCUCUCCUGAAGCCUGUGUGAACACUGUGGGGGGGUUCAGCUGUCAGCCCUGCCCUCCGGGCCUCUGGGGAGCACCGCUGGCUGGAACCGGACUGGACUAUGCCAAGACGCACAGACAGGACUGUGUAGAUAUUGAUGAAUGUUUGGAUCUCCCCGACGCCUGUGUAUCAAACUCUGUGUGCAUCAACACUGUGGGUUCAUAUAAGUGCGGCGGCUGUAAACCCGGUUUCCUCGGCAACCAGACAUCAGGUUGCUACCCCAGGAAGUCGUGUGCUGCGUUGACCUUUAACCCCUGUGACACCAAUGCGCACUGCACCAUGGAGAGGAACGGAGAGGUGGCCUGCAGGUGUAACGUGGGUUGGGCUGGUAAUGGUAACACAUGUGGAACAGACACGGACAUCGACGGGUAUCCUGACCGCUCUCUGCCCUGCAUGGACAACGAUAAACACUGCAAACAGGACAACUGCAUGUUUACACCAAACUCUGGUCAGGAGGACGCCGACAACGACGGGAUCGGAGAUCAGUGCGAUGAGGACGCAGACGGAGACGGCAUCAAAAACGUGGAGGAUAACUGCCGUUUGGUCCCAAACAAAGACCAGCAGAACUCGGACAGCGACUCGUUCGGAGACGCCUGUGACAACUGUCCCAACGUCCCCAACAGCGACCAGAAAGACACCGACAGCAACGGACAGGGAGACGCCUGCGACCAGGAUAUCGACGGGGACGGGAUUCCCAACGUUCUGGAUAACUGUCCGAAGGUACCGAACCCGAUGCAGACCGACAGAGACAGAGACGGAGUGGGAGAUGCCUGUGACAGCUGUCCUGAACUCAGCAAUCCCAUGCAGACCGACGUCGACAAUGACCUUGUGGGAGACGUUUGUGACACCAACCAGGACAUGGACGGAGAUGGUCACCAGGACAGCAGAGACAACUGUCCAGACAUCCCCAACAGCUCGCAGCUGGACUCCGAUAACGACGGCCUCGGUGACGACUGCGACCACGACGACGACAACGACGGCGUCCUCGACGACUAUGACAACUGCCGACUCAUCGUCAACCCCAACCAGAAAGACUCAGACGUGAACGGCGUUGGAGACGUCUGUGAGAACGACUUUGAUAACGAUGCAGUGAUGGAUUUGAUCGACGUGUGUCCGGAGAGCGCUGAGGUCACUCUGACAGACUUCAGAGCCUAUCAGACCGUGAUCCUGGACCCAGAGGGCGACGCCCAGAUCGACCCCAACUGGGUGGUUCUCAACCAGGGUAUGGAGAUAGUCCAGACCAUGAACAGUGAUCCUGGUCUAGCAGUGGGCUACACGGCAUUUAACGGUGUCGACUUUGAGGGGACGUUUCACGUCAACACGAUAACAGACGAUGACUACGCCGGCUUCAUCUUCGGGUACCAGGACUCGUCCAGUUUCUACGUGGUGAUGUGGAAACAGACAGAGCAGACCUAUUGGCAGUCCCUCCCCUUCAGAGCCACGGCCCAGCCCGCCCUGCAGCUCAAGGCGGUGAAGUCUCGGACCGGACCCGGAGAGUUCCUGAGGAACGCUCUGUGGCACACUGGAGACACACCUGGAGAGGCGACGCUGCUCUGGAAGGAUCCUCGAAACGUCGGCUGGAAGGACAGAACCUCGUACCGCUGGCAGCUCAGCCACCGGCCGCAGGUGGGCUACAUCAGGGUGAAGCUGUUUGAGGGGACAGACAUGGUGGCGGACUCCGGUGUUGUGAUCGACACCACGAUGAGAGGUGGCAGGCUCGGUGUCUUCUGUUUCUCCCAGGAAAACAUCAUCUGGUCCAACCUGCGCUACAGAUGCAACGACACAGUCCCGGAAGACUUCCAGUCUCAUCGUAAACAGGUUCUGAUGCACAUUCAGGUCUGAGAGGACGACGAACUUUAGCUGUAGCCUGAGUGUGUGUGUGCAUUUGGGACGAGUGUGUGUUGAAUGAAAGGUGGAGUUCAGGUGUCCCACUCCAGGCUGCAGGCAUUCUUCUGUCGUGUUUCUCCAGACAAACAUGAUCUCUUCAGUUAAUGUUCAUGUUUAUAACAUUGACAUUUAAAAAGACAAAUUCACUGAAGAGUUCAUUUCCAAAAUACUGUACGUCCAUUAAAGGAGCUGAAAGAGGAUCCGGUCUGAUGUUUCACUGUGGAAUAAAACUCUUCAUUUGUCUUUUGAUCAGAACAUUUCAGACUCAGAUAACAGACUGCUGCGAAGCGAUAAGCUAACGGUACAGACAAAUCAAAAGUCCGUUUACAUGUUUCUGUGUAUUUUCAAAUGUACAUAUCUUUCUCCGAAUAAAGGCCCGUUUUCCUAAAA